GCAAAAACAUGAAAUGAAAGACAAGAUACAAACUUAUUACUUACAUCGAGUUAUUUUUGUGAUUGGAGUGUGGUUGUUGCAGACUGACUUGUUUUUAUGAUUUUUAGGGCUUAUAUCUUUUUUGCAAGGCUUAAGAGCGAGGAUAAAAUACGAGAAAUGCCAUUUAAAAUUCCUUAUGGUUCUUUUGUGUCGUUAUUGAUAAUAACAUAUUCAGUGCAUGGAAAAAGCACACAACCACACAUUUUGUUUAUCCUAGCAGACGAUUUUGGUUUUAACGAUAUUGGAUAUCAUAAUUCCGAAAUAAACACACCAAACUUAGAUAAACUUGCUGCAGAAGGAAUAAAAUUGGAGAAUUAUUAUGUUCAGCCUAUAUGUACACCAACUAGGAGUCAACUUCUGUCUGGAAGAUACCAGGUACACACAGGUCUUCAGCAUGGAAUUAUUUGGCCUCAGCAACCAAAUGCAUUGCCAUUGGACAGUCCAAUACUACCUCAGAAACUAAAAGAAGUUGGAUACUCAACUCAUGCUGUUGGGAAGUGGCACAUUGGCUUUUACAAGAAGGAGUAUUUACCCACAAAUAGGGGAUUUGAUUCUUACUUUGGAUAUUUGACUGGAAGUGAAGAUUAUUACACCCACUAUCGCUGUGAUGGUAAAAUGUGUGGAACAGAUCUCAGAGAUAAUACUAAUCCUGCCAACUAUUCCGGCGUAUAUUCCACACACCUGUUUUCACAGAAAGCAGCUGACAUUGUUAAAAAACACAACACUGACCAGCCUCUAUUCCUGUAUCUUCCAUUCCAAUCAGUCCAUGCACCACUUCAAGUACCAGAGAAAUACACACAGCCAUAUAGACAUAUAAAAAAUAAACACAGGAGAGUUUAUGCUGGUAUGGUGUCAGCUAUGGAUGAAGCCGUUGGGAAUCUUACCGAGGUUUUCAAGCAAAAAGGGAUAUGGAAUAACACAUUGAUGGUGUUUUCAACAGAUAAUGGUGGCCAAAUUCUGGAAGGUGGAAACAACUAUCCACUGAGAGGAUGGAAGGGUUCCCUUUGGGAAGGAGGCAUGCAUGGAGUAGGCUUUGUUCAUGGUCAGAUGUUGAGGAGAAGAGGGGUGGUAUCAAAUGAAUUAAUACAUGUCACAGACUGGUAUCCUACUCUUGUAUCAUUGGCUGGUGGAAAUUUAAAUGGAACGAAACCAUUAGAUGGGGUAGACCAGUGGAAAACUAUAAGUGAAGGAUCAGUUGUGAAUCAGAGGAAAUCCAUUUUACACAACAUUGAUCCGUUAUCUAAACCAAAAGGACAGAUGUGGCCCAAUAGCCCAUUUGACAACAGAAUAAGGGCAGCUCUACGAAUGGGUGACUGGAAGCUAGUAACAGGCAAUCCAGGAAAUGGAAGCUGGGUUCCACCUCCCCACGUGAACUUGGGGGUUUUGGAUAUGGAAAAUUCUACUUCUAACAAAAAUAUUUGGCUGUUUAACAUCACAGCAGACCCAUAUGAACACAAAGAUGUCUCAGACACCAUGCCACAUGUGGUGAUGCAGAUGCUAGAUCUUCUAGCUCAGUACAACAAGACAGCGGUACCCUGCAGGUAUCCAAAAAUGGAUCCCAAGGCUGAUCCCAAAUACCAUGGAGGAUACUGGGGCCCAUGGCUGUAAGAAGUUGAACAAAAGUUCAAUUGGGGUGAUUUAUUAGUGAUAAAAAUCUCAAGGGACCAUUUAUUAAUUUGCUAUGCAGGCCUUUAGGUCACUUAGAAAAAAAUUGAGGUGUUAAAAAAAGGUAUAAAACUCUUUACAUUAGGGUAUCCACUUAACUAUGUUAACAGACAUAACUAUGUUAUACAUACAGCUAUAGCAAAGUAUGAUGGGUAAACAAUAUUGAUUUUUUUAUAAACAUAAUUUGUACCAAUUCAGUUCACCAAAGGGAUUGAAAAUUGCAUAUGUUAUAUGUAAAGCUGGGGUUCACCAUUAGGCUACUAAUAAACAAGCUGAUAACUGUGUUCUACUCCAUUUAAUCCAAAAAGUUUUGAUCAAUUAAUGUUUAAACAUUGUUCUUUUGUUUUGUGUUGUGUUAUUUUAAACAUAAUGUGCUGUUAUAUAUUUCCACUUCCAUAUAUAUUUACUGUUAGGUCAAAGGGCAGAUAGCAAUAAAAUGGACACUAAUUUAUUUUUAUACAGGAAUAUUUACUUUUCUGGUUGGAUACACAUGUAUGUUUGUGCUUUAUUAACAAAGUCAUAAACUUCUGAUUUAUAUACAAGUAUAAUUGAUACAGAAGAAAAUAAAAUGGAAUCUCACUUCCAAUAUUUUUUGGAAGAUAUUUCUUCAUGCAAGCAUACAUAUAUUUUUUUUUCCCAAUUUACAUUCUCUAGUUACUAUAACAAUCCUUUAUAUUGUUCCAUCAUGCACUGUAGUGACUGCACUUUAUCCAUUGUUGAUAAAAGGACAAAUCACUUUUUUUUUAUGGAUUCAUAAUUAAAAGACUUUUUCAUCAUUUAGGAAAAUGUUAUAUGUUAACCUGACAAGCUUAUUUUUUAUGGUGACAGGUGUUGUUAGAAGAUAGCUGGAAGGGAAAAGUAAGGAAAAUGUAAUCGCUGAUUUUAUAUAAGAAAAAAAAAUGUCUUAAUAAAAUCAUGCUGUACUGAAGUAUCUCCUUGGUCCAUAGUUUCCUUAGUCUUUUUGAUUUUUGCUUAUUUUAUGUACUGUAUCUAUUGUCACUAGUAAAUUAAUAAAUAAAAGUUAAUUUCAUCGAU